CCAGUUGCUCGGCAUGCACAGCCUCCAGUUCCAGAUGUAGCUUCUAUCAUUAGCAUUUUGAUCAUCUGAGGAUAACUUAAAUGCAACUGGAGCUAAUGGAGCGAAUAAAGCCAGAAGCAGCAACCCAAGCAUGGUUUGAAAACAGCAGCCUGAUCUCCACAUUUGAACCAUCAGUCUCCUCAGAUCUGGAGCUCGUCUACACCAUCGUCCCUCCUUACAUCUUCACCCUAUCCCUAUUAGGCCUCCUCUUCAACGGCUUUGUUCUGGCAGUUUUUGCCGCCCACAAAGAUCGGCUGACUGUAGCAGAGAUUUAUCUGAGCAACUUGGCCCUGGCUGACUUUUCACUUCUCUGUGGCCUCCCUUUCUGGGGAAUGAACAUCCUGAACAAGAUGGCCUGGUCAUAUGGAGACGUUUUAUGCAAACUUGUGAACUCUGUCAUUGUCAUCAACUUCUACACCAGCAUCUACACCCUGGUCAUGAUAAGCAUCGACCGCUACUUAGCGCUGGUGAAAACGAUGAAGGCUCGAUGGCUAAGACAGACAGUUUAUGCCAAGAUGAUGUGUGUCAUCGUGUGGCUGCUGGGACUUCUCCUGAGCAUUCCAUCCAUAAUCCAUAGAAAGGUGAAAUUUAAUGAGGAGUCUGAAACCACGUACUGUGUUCUGGAUUAUGCUCAUGAAAGCUCUUGGAAGCUUUCCCAUCAGAUUCUGAUGAACCUUCUGGGUUUUGUGCUCCCUGUUCUGGUUAUUGUUUUCAGCAGCUGGAACAUAAUCAAGGCUUUGGCGCAGAGGACGGAGAGUACAGCUGUUCAUGACACUAAUGACUCAAAGGCUACGACGCUUGUAUACAUGGUUACACUUCUGUUUUUAUUGUGCUGGGGUCCAUUCCAAGUUUUCACUUUCCUUGACAUCCUCUGUGACAUCAAAACACUGGAUGAGAGAUCCUGGUCUCACACUCUCGAUGUAGGAGGACAGGUGUCUGUUUACUUGGGCUUCCUCAACAGCACCCUGAACCCACUGCUGUAUGUCUUCUCUGGACAGUACUUCAGAAGAAAAGUUAGCUCCAUCUACAGAAGGGCGAGACAUCAGCGUAGAGAGUCAGACAUGACUACGUAUCAGCGUUCAGUGGUGUCCACUUACUUCAACAGAACAGAGCAAAUAAAACCAGUGGUCAUUUUUAAUCCAAAAGACCAAAUGUGACCGUGAUGACAUCCCACCCUCCUCUUUGCUUCUUGUGUAUUCAACACAGGAUAUCAGUUUCAGUUUUAUCGUAACACUUGAUACGAUAAUAAUGACGUUACACAGUUAAGCAGCACUUUGCACAGAUGCUUUAGGUAAAACUUCGAGGAAAUAAUGGAUACAAAGAGAGUUAAUGGGUUCUGAGAACAAGAAAUCGAAGCAGAAUUUAUGAUAACUGACUCCAUAAUUAAACUUGCAUCUGAGGCAAUCAAUAAAACAUGUCUGUCUGUAUUUUUUUUUAUUUCCUCUUAUUAGCUUGUGAUGUUUUCAGAUGUAAAACUGUAAAAGAAAAACGAGCUCAUUUGAGUUUGCUUGAACCUCAUUUUUGGAUCAAAAUGUAGUGCAGAACUGACUUUAGAACCAGUUCUUUGGGUGGUUCUGUUCGAAACUCUAAUGUGUUUCGCAGGAAAAAAACCUUCAGUGUCAUUUUUUAUUUUCUCUGACAGAUAUAGGCGAAUUUGUGGUGCUGUCUGGUGGUAUUCAGAGUAGAAUUACUCAGUUUGUGAAUGCUGAUUGAUAAUUUUAGAGUGGUCAACAAAUAUAAUCAAUAUGGAAACAUAGCUCAUAAAUUCUAUUUAGAAAGGCAAUCAAAAAGGAAAUGUGUUUUUAGUGUUGAGUCUUCAAACGUAUUGUUUCCUUUGGAGUCACCUAUCAACAAGUCUGCAUCAUUUCUCAGAAAUACAGUUGCUAUGAUUCUGCAAAAAGUUGGUGACUCCAGAGUUGAAACCGAAAGAAUAGAGGCAAACUGCUCAAUAGAGCUCCGGACCCCACGUGACUCUCAGUUAGUGGACGCCAUUUUGGCAUGCAAAAAAGGUAAACAAACACGGAUGUAACCAUGAACAUGAACGGGAUCCGCUUGGAUUUUACUUCGUCGGAGUUUACUUCACACUUUAAAACAGAAGAAAUCGUUUUAUAUAGUCAGAAAUUAAAUAGACUAAACAUCUCCGACCCUUACCGUGCCCCUGGGAUACUUUUUAAAAACGCCAGAAGCUGUCGGAGCGGACUUCUUACCGGCACAACACCGGACCUGGCCGGGGGAACCCCUUGGGAUUCCCCCGGCCGGAGGAGCUGGGGAGAAGGUCUGGGACUCUCGACUCUACUGCCCGCUCUGACGCCAGAAGCUGUCGGAGCGGGCUUCUUACCGGCACAACACCGGACCUGACCGGGGAACCCCUUGGGAUUUACCCGGAGGAGCUGGCUCCGGCGGCUGGGGAGAGGGAAGUCGCGCUACUGCCCCCGCAACCCGACUCCGGAUACGCGGAUGAAAAUGGAUGGACGGACAAAUAACAGAUUUACACGUAAGUAGUCUCGGUGAGACAGAUAAUAGCGAUCCAAAGUGCUUUUUAUGUGUGAUCUGACAAUUGAUCAACCAUUGCUUAAAAAUUAAAUACAGCUUAGCCGGUUAAUUGCUGUCAUCAUAAAACACGUAAACGGCAGCACGCAGAACUCACGAGGCAACGUUUUACGUGAUGUUUACUUGUUACUAUGAGUAAUAAGACAGAAAAAGCCACGCCAAAAUAAGUUUAGGAAGCCCACUAAGAAUCAUAAUAAAAGCAUUUAAAAUAAAUACCAUACACAGUUGAGGAAACGUUGGUUUAAGUACCUGAUAUGAAGUGGUCGCUGCAUAAGCGAAAACCUUUACUCUCGGGAUCCCACAGUUUCCUUUUCGCCCGGUCACUAGCGCGUUUUAUUACAAUGAUCCAACGUUUGCGGCGCUCCGGAUCUUGGGGAAUCCUGUAGAUGGCUCAUUCCUUAUGUCGUCGGCGUCUGUUCUGCAUCCUGGGGCACUACAGGAAUCUACCAUAUUUCCUGUCUGAUUGAGUUUUCUGACAAUAACAAAUAGUCCAGCUGCCGGCUUCUGCAUGCCAAUAUGGCGCUGUUUCGAUUUGAACUGUUGCAUGCCGGGAGAAGUGACGUCAACUCCCAGAGCUCUAUAGAACUCCUGUAGUGGAUUCCAUUGUCCCACUAGGGAAAUCUGCUUUAGUAGUUUGUAUUUGUAUUUCUAGAAAUGCCUUUAUUCACAUGAAAACACCUAUAAAACUACGAGCUUGUUUGUCAACAUCAUUAAGCAAUAGAAGACUGGAUUUUAUAGGGAGCCUAAGUCUCCCCCCUUUCCGGUCGGCUGAUGGGUCCCCGGAAGAAUGAAAAAAUGAAUGCAAGUCAACGGGGCUAAAAGAACUAUUUUCUAAUCUGCUUACGCCCUGGAUCGCACAUAUGUUGUACUGCAAUUUAAAUGAAAACUAUGUGUGUUUCGACAACGCCAGUCACGUACAUUGAGAUUUAUCAUCUUGUAAAAGUUCGUAAUUAGCAUGACUACAUCGAUACGUCCCAUAAUCUCCUCUCCUCUCCCCUAGCGUAGCUGCUACUUACCACAUGAACAGAUUCAUGGUGGUUCUUUCCCCCUGUGGGAAGGAUUGGAAGUUUGCUGAACUUACAGCCAUUUUCUCCCUGUUUACUCUGUGUCUGGUUCGAUCACUUUUGUGAAGCUCAUUUGUAGUCCUGGACUUAUUUUCACACAAAACCUAAAAUAAUGUAAGUCACAAGCCUUUCCAGUCAAGACUUGAGUCAAGUCCAAGUCAAAGACAAUCGAGUCGAAGAUUAGUCCAAAGUCAAUGAUGUGGAAGUCCAAGUCAAGUCCAAGUCCUUAACUUUGAAUUUUCAAGUCAUAAUCAAGUCAUCUGUCCAACUUGAAUUUAAUGACAAUGAUAAUAAAUAAAUUCCAGUAAUAAAGCUUCUUAAAGCUUCAUUUAUUUGCACCAACAAGCAGAAAGUGCAACUGAAACUGAUUCUAAACAAAGUGCUGCUGCAUUUAGCAGUGCAUGAAACCCAGAACGAAGAAUGAUUUAUGAUUUUUGUCCAUGCCGUGCCACUUUUGUGCUAAAAUAUCAAAUAUGCUCAAGUCAUCAUCAAGUCAACAGAUGCAAGUCGAUUCAAGUCGCGAGUCUUUGGCUUUCAAGUCAAGUUGUAAGUCUUUAUAGAUUUUAUCAAGUCAAUUCAGAAGUCAUUAAAAUGACUCAAUUCUGACUUGUGUCCAGGUCAUGUGACUUGAGUCCACAACUCUGGUAAACAGCACUGCAGCAAACAACAGUUUAGCCCAAGAGUGCUCUCUUUUGCCUACAUGCACUG